GCUGAUGGGGAGGAAAUGCUCACUUUUCCCGCUCUAACCCUUUUGCUGAUGACGUAUAUCAAAGCCAGUGUCACGAAACAGGAAGUACUACACACAGUUGCUCAGCCCCUUCCCAACUAUUGCAAAUGACAAAUUCGAACCCAUUCUCCUCUGACUAUAUGGAACGUCUUAUGCAUAACACACCACAAUUUUUUAAGCCAGAAGAGUGUAGUCCAGGGGCAGCUGGAGACAUCCAGCAAACUCUUCUUUGCACUCAGUUCCGCUCAAAGCUACCAACGAGGCACUGUUCGCCUCGCCAACCCCUCUCUGACACUGAAGAGGGAGAUGAGCCGAUGGAAAGGAUCCCGAUGUUACGACCAGGCCAAUAUGACGGCACAACCACCACCAUGGAGGGAAUUCCUGCACAGGUUCAAAUGUUGUGCAGAGUCCAAUCAGUUGUCUGGAAAAAACACGACUAAACAACUAAAGUUCUGCUUCGUUGGAGCUGCGGGGGCUAUCAUCCAACCCAAUCCUCGCUCAUCUAAGUGGGACUACCACCGUUUAGUGGAUGAGCUGGAAACUGCCCAUCUCCAGACCAUGCAGCUGCAGUUGCUGUGGAGCUUAGGCAAAAGAUGCGUAGACCUGGUGAAGCCCUCCAUGCAUUCCGGGAUGACAUUUAUGACAGAGUAGCUGUGGCGUACAGUAGUAACAGGACAGAGAGCGAGCAAGACUCCAUAGCUGUCAAAGUGUUUAUGAAUGGGGAUAGGAGAUGCGGAUGUAGUUCAGAAACUGCUAGAAAGGCGCCCAGCAACACUUGCCCAAGCAAAUGAAAUAGCCCGCUGCCAAGAGACCACCAAAAGGGCUGCGUCAUAUGUCACCAAGGCCAGGCGGCAGGAUGCCCGCCACGUUGUCGAAGGGUGAUCACGUACUGCUGUCGUACGGGAGAAUGAUGACGGUACUGCUCCUCAGCCGGUUCCUCCUCCAGUCUGUGUGGCCCGCUCACACCCUCAACAGUGAACCAGCGGAGAAAUUUGGAAAAAAAAAAAAAAUCGUUACAAGUUUGGUGCCACAACUGUCAUGGCUGGGGCCACAUCCAGAAAGAGUGUCCUUCCGCUCAACACAUCACCAGGACGUCACAAUUGAGGAGUACCCCUUGCAACAGUCCUGAAUCAACAAUGCACCAACUCAAUUCCCAGGAGAGAGAAAUGUGUAUAGCCGUGCAAAUUUACAAGCUGAAAGUAUGUCCAGUGUUGGACAGCAGGGCCCGAAGGAGUGUGCUACUUCUACAUUACUACGAGGCUAUUCACCCACAAAUGAGGCCUCGCCUGCAGCUUUCGACUGUUAAGACCUUGAUGGGUGUGGGACCAGGGGACGUGCCUGUGCUAGGUGAAGCCCAAAUCUUUGUCAAUCUCUGUAAUAAGGAAGUUAUCAAUGAUUUUAUAGUGGCAGAUAUAACAGGCAAUGAAGUAGUGCUCGGGCAUCCCUUCCUCAUUCAAGAUGAGGCUCACCUUGACUUUGGCAGGCACCACAUCAUUCUUUUUGAUGAACAUGUGCCCUACUACCAUACAGACCCAGGCCAAAAUGACUGGCGGUGAGGAUAACCAAGACUGUUGCAGUGGAACCGGGGUGAGAGUAUAUUGUGAGAGGCAAUGUACACAGGAGUGUGGCAGCCCAAGGAGACAUGAUGCUUAGCCCCAUCAAAGGUUUUGUUGAGAAGCACAAAGUCCUCAUUCCCAGAGUCUUGGUCAACACCAGGCCGUCCAAGGUUGUACCUCUUUGCCUUUAUAACCCUGGCAACAAGACUGUGAUUAUUAAAGAAGGUGCCGUUGCUGGGCUGCUCCAACCAGCCGAAGUUGUGCAGUGUGGCACCAGCUUCCGAGGCACUGGCUAGCUCGCCUGUGGUCCCUCUGCACCUGCAGGAACUCUAUGCAAAGAGCACCACCGAGCUCCAUAACCACGAGCAAUUUCAACUUAAGCAUUUGCUUUGUAGUUAUGGGCACCUGUUUUCAUCAGGGCCUGCUGACUUGGGGCGAACCAAUCUGGUCCAACAUGACAUCCUGACAUGCCCGGGUGCCCGUUUUUCAACAAUCGCCACAGAGGAUGAGGAGAGAAAAACCACAGGAUGCGGACAGGCAGAUACCCGACAGCCUGGAGAAUGGUGUCGCCCAAAAUAGCAACAGCAUCUUGGCCUCCCCCAAAGUUCUGGUACGUAAGAAGGAUGGAACUACUGUCUUUGCGUUGAUUACAGAGGCCUUAACGAACGCACCAUAACUGACGCAUAUCCGCUACCCCUUAUCCAGGAUACGCUGGAUACACUCUCCACUGCCAAAUGCUUCAGCACGUUGGAUCUCGCAUAAGGCUACUGCCAGGUGGAGAUGACACCAAGAGCCCGCAGAGCAGCAGCCUUCUGCACUCGUACUGGCCUCUUCAAGUGGAAUGUCAUGCCGUUCGGACUGCAAUGCUCCAGCAACAUUCCAACGGCUGAUGGACCGCGUACUGCUUGGCAUGCGGUGGGAGACCUGCCUGAUCUAUUUGGACGACAUCAUUGUGCUGGCCAAGGAUGUACCGGAGAUGCUUCAGCGGUUGGGCCAGCUAUUCGAGCGACUCCAGCAAGUUAAUUUGAAAUUGAAACCAGCCAAAUGUUGCCCAUUUCGUCGCCAGGUUGCAUAUCUGGGCCACUGAACCCAGCAAAGUGGAAAAAGUCAGAACGUGGCCCUUGCCAGCAUCGAUCCAGGAGGUCCGACGCUUCAUCGGACUGGGUUCCUACUACCGCCGGUUUUUAAAGGACUUUGCUUGGAUUGCCGAACCACUGCAUAAUUUGACGAAGAAGAAUGCUCACUUCCAGUGGCAUUCAAAGCACCAAGCAGCUUUUGAUGAGCUUAACGGUCACCUCACCUCAGCCCCUGUCCUCGGCUAUCCACUGGACCAUGGUGACAUGGUGCCAAACACUGAUGCAGGUGAUACAUUCCUUGCUCUCAUAAAUCCAGCAAGGGACAGAGUGUGUACUGUCAUAUGGCAGUCUUAAGCUGACAAAAACUGAUCAGAACUACUGCACCACAAGAUGAGAACUGCUCGCAAUUGUUGAUUUCACAUCCAUUUUCGUCAGUACCUCCUUGGACGUCCUUUCAUGGUGCGCACUGAUCACAGCAGCCUGCACUGGUUGACAAAAAUGAGAGAGCUGGAAGGACAACUAGCUCGUUGGCUUGAGAACCUGGCCAAAUACAACUUUGAGAUUUACCACCAUCCGGGUCAGGUGCACACCAAUGCUGAACGCCUCACUAAAAGGCCAUGACGACAGUCCUGCUCCUGCAAAAUACAGGCUCCAUUUACGCUUCCUGGAGGCGUCACUCAUCAGUCAGUCCAGUGUAAUGUGGACUCUGACCUCAGCUCUCUGUUGCCAAGUCCAGUGGGGUGGGAGCGCUUCCGCUUGAUACGGUAACUGAAUCCAGUGGGGGUGGAGGAACUGCCGGCUUUUACAGAACUGUGUUCAGUGGGGGUAAGUCAAAGCACCCCUUCACCUGAGACAAAGAUUUUGACCCAUAACGGUCCGACUAAUGUAUACAUUGUAAAACUGAUUGGGAAGAAUCCUGGUACUGCUUCUCUUGUUUUCUGGCUGAACCAUGGGGGAGCUGAGUCAAGCCCAGGAUGCGGAGACUGAUAUUGCACCCAAUAUGAUACUGAAUGAAAGACAGUCUUCCAUGGGCGGUGGUUUCGCCAUAAAGUCCAGCUGUCAAGGUGUACUGGUCUCAAUGGAAACAGCUAUACCUUCAAAAUGGGGUUCUGGUCCGUCGCUUCUCCUGCCUUAAUGAUACUGAGUUCUACCCACAAAUCGUGCUGCCACGCAAGCGAGAACCGGUGGUGAUGAGUAAGAUAGACGAAGGGCCUGUGGGUGGAUAUUUUGGAGUUGAGCGGACCAUGGCCUGACUAAGAACGCAAUACUACUGGUACCGAAUGAGGGAAGAUGUUAGUCUCUGGUGCCAAACGUACACCAGCUCUGCAUCCGGAGCCCGCUCCCAUAAAAGACCACAAGCUCCAAUGGGAUCAGUCUGAGUGUGAACGGCAAUGGAACGGAUCGCCCUGGACAUUAUGGGACCGCUGAACGAAACUGAAUGCAGAAACUAAUAGUGCUGGUGAUACAGGAUUAUUUUAAAAAGUGGACAUCGUACAUUCGGAGCAUUGUUGAGAUUUCAUGCGACAGUAAUUCGCUUUGUUGAUACUCGCCAUUUUUGGUUUUGCCCACCAGUGAGAAAAAAUACAUGAUUCGUGGCGUCACUUCCGCAAACAACUGGUAUCUUUCUCUCUGAACUUGAAACGUAAGCUUUAGUGUACACUUCCGACUAAUUUAUACACAUAUCGAGAUAAGUUUGUAAUGUAGCGCCGGAGAAAAGGAGUCGGAGGCGGAGUGUCGGACACAGCAACACAACUUGCUUUUUGUUCGACAUCAAAACACUACUCGCAUAACGGCGGGAACUCUGUUAACCUUUACUCCGGCAGCGCAACAACAAAAACAGUCCGUGCGGAACCCCGCACCCCAAAUCGAGGUCCCGCGGAUUCAUUAGACAUAAUAAAUGAAAUGGACAUGAAGAACCGAGGUGUUGGCUGCGUGGAUGCUCGGCUUCGACAGAGAUUGGAGCAGUAUUUGGCUUCCAGCUGUAGUGAAGUGGAUGUAUGCACUAUAGCUCUAGAACUUCAAAAACAGUACAGAGUGGAGUAUGGUCGGAGAAACAAGACAGCAUUCCGAAUUCAAGUUGAGAAAGUGUACCAAGCAAUAAAAAUGGAGUAUGGACUGAAUGAUGUGGAAAAUGGCCACCUGACUAAGCGAGCCAAGCACAUUCACAGUGAUCCUGGUGUCGAUAGCUGCAACAGCUCAGAAGAUAUCCUGGAGAAAACUAACACCAGUCACAUGAACAGCUCUCUUACAUCACUUUACCGGAAAGGAAACUGUGAUUCCAUCUCCUCCUCUACGUUUCGAGAGAUGCCUGAUACAAGUGCAGUGUCCAGAAGAGGGUGGUUCAUUGAUCGAGGACCAGCAAAGACCAGCACCUUCAUCGACUUGAGUAAAGAUAAGCCCCUUGAUUCAGUAAACAAAGAAGUUUCCGUUUUGGAGGGUGGCAAAAAGUCAGUGAAAAGAAAAAAUAGGACUCAUGAAAACACCCUGACAACAAGCAAGACAGGAAUUCUCUUGGCGAAAUCAAGAUCAACAAAGCUCCAGUAUUCCACUCUAAAGUUUGAAGAUGUUGGUGGUAAUGAAGGGACAUUGACAGAAGUGUGCAAACUGCUCAUCCACAUGAAGCACCCAGAGAUAUACCAGCAACUGGGCAUGGUUCCUCCCAGGGGCUUUCUCCUCCAUGGACCUCCUGGCUGCGGAAAGACCCUGCUAGCACAAGCUGUGGCAGGGGAGUUGGACCUGCCCAUGCUGAAGGUGUCUGCUCCAGAAUUGGUGUCUGGAGUAUCUGGAGAGUCUGAACAGAAGCUCAGGGAGCUGUUUGACCUUGCAGCGACCUCAGCUCCAUGUAUUAUAUUUAUUGAUGAGAUAGAUGCGAUAACACAGAAGAGAGAAAUGGCCUCCAAAGACAUGGAAAGAAGGAUUGUAGCCCAGCUCCUUACUUGCAUGGAUGACUUGAACAGACUGACAGUCACAACACAGGUCCUCGUCAUUGGUGCCACAAAUAGGCCAGACUCCCUUGACCCUGCCUUGCGUAGAGCUGGACGCUUUGACAAAGAGAUAUGCCUUGGUAUCCCAGAUGAACCAUCUCGUCACAGGAUUUUGAAGACUCUGUGUCGUAAACUGAGGAUCCCAGAAGAUUUUGAUUACAGCAAGCUGGCCCACCUCACCCCAGGAUAUGUGGGUGCAGAUCUCAUGGCACUUUGCCGCGAAGCUGCCAUGAAUGCUGUCAACAGGGUUUUGUUGGUAGAGAAAGGACCACCAGAGAGGAGCAAAACCAACAUCCUCAAUAAUGACCUGUUAAAACUGUCACUUGAGAACGAAGCGAUGACAAACAAAGACAUGAGUGUAAACAUUGGCACAGUAUCUUCUCUCAGUUUACACAACACAAAAUUGGGAAUAGUGGAGGUUAAUCAGUUAUCUCAGGAUAACCCAGGACAUGAACAUCUACCGCAGGGUGACCUUUGGCACCUGCUGCAAUUGCUGAAGAACACUAAAACUCUGCCAGAGCAUGAGCUGACCAGCCUCUCUAUCAUCAUGUCAGAUUUUGAGGCAUCUCUUUCUAGUGUGCAGCCUUCCGCCAAGAGGGAGGGUUUUGCAACUGUCCCAGAUGUCACUUGGGAUGAUGUGGGAGCCCUUCAUGAAAUAAGAGAAGAACUGACAAUGGCUAUCCUGGCUCCAGUACGUUCUCCUGAGCAAUUCAGGGCUCUAGGGUUGAGUGCUCCAUCAGGAGUACUGCUGGCCGGUCCCCCAGGCUGUGGAAAAACUCUUCUUGCUAAGGCAGUGGCCAACGAGUCAGGUCUCAACUUCAUCUCUGUCAAAGGUCCAGAGCUCCUCAACAUGUAUGUUGGUGAAAGUGAGCGGGCUGUGAGACAAAUCUUUCAAAGGGGCCGCAAUUCUGCUCCUUGUGUCAUCUUCUUUGAUGAGAUUGAUGCUUUAUGUCCUCGACGUUCAGGCCAUGAGUCAGGAGCCAGCGUACGUGUGGUUAACCAGUUGCUAACAGAAAUGGAUGGCCUAGAAACCCGGCGACAAGUCUUUAUCAUGGCUGCAACUAACAGACCAGAUAUCAUUGAUCCUGCAGUCCUGAGACCAGGUCGUCUAGAUAAAACAUUGUAUGUGGGUAUGCCACCCCCAGCUGACCGCCAUGCAAUUCUCCUUACCAUUACAAAGAGUGGAACCAAACCUCAGUUGGAGGAGGAUGUUAAUCUGGAAGAGAUUGCAUAUGAUGAACGCUGUGGCCGCUUCACUGGAGCUGACCUGACUGCAUUAAUGAGAGAAGCAUCUGUUAAUGCCCUAAAGGCCUACAUGAAGUCCAAGUGUAUUCAACCAACAUCCUCUGGUCACACAUUCUCCUCUGGACCUGUCGCUGAUAUCAGAGUGAGCAAAAAGAAUCUCGAAGAUGCUUUCAAGAAGGUCAGACCAUCUGUGUCAAAAAAGAAGAUGGCAGUAGCCCUGUGGCCGCACUCUGGCCGCCGUGACCCUUGACCUUGCGUGAUCGUUUCAGCCCAGCCCAUUUCUAACAUGGCGUCUGUAAACAAAAAAAGGAAAGUUGACCGCGAGGGCCGCCGCUUCCUGGACAAGUGGAAAUUUGAGUAUUUUUUCACUGAAAUACGAAACAACUGUGUCUGCCUAAUUUAACAAGAGACUGUGGCUGUUUUCAAGGAAUUCAACAUCAAGAGGCACUACCAGACGAAACAUGCUAGCUACGACAAGCUAACUGGGAACAAACGCGGUGAAAAAGUGAAGCAACUGGAAGCUGUUUUAACGGCACAGCAAAGCUUUUUCACAAGAGUCCGUGAGUCAAAUGAAAAUGCCACAAAGGCAAGCUACGAAGUGGCAACGCUGAUUGCAAAGCACUGCAAACCUUUCACUGAGGGUGAAUUUAUUAAAGACUGUGUAAUGAAAAUGGUUGAGAAAAUUUGUCCCGCGAAGAAGCAAGAGUUUGCCAAUAUUUGCCUGGCUCGUAAUACUGUGGUACGGAGAAUUGAAGACGUUUCAUUAGAUAUUAAGAGACAGUUAGAGGCAAAAGGAACUGAGUUUGACUUUUUCUCGUUAGCGUGCGAUGAAAGCACGGAUGCGUCUGACACCGCUCAGUUACUGAUCUUUUUAAGAGGAGUGGACAAUGACAUGAACGUGAGUGAAGAGCUUCUGGACCUGGCUGAUUUGGGAUUUUUAGUUGACAUAACGCGACAUCUGAAUGCGCUGAACACAAGCCUUCAAGGGCAAAAUGCAGUGGUAAGCCAACUGUAUUCACACAUCAAAGCCUUUCGGACCAAGCUGCUACUUUUCCAAAGACACCUGUCACAGGCGCAGCCCAAUACCGCACAUUUCCCGUCGCUGCAGGAAAUUGUGACCAGUUUCCCACAGAUCAAUAUCAGUGCACAAAUGACAAAGUAUGCAGCAGACAUCUCAUCUCUGGUUGAGGAGUUUCAGUAGCGCUUUCGGGACUUUGCAGCUAUUGAAAAGGAGAUCACGCUUUUUUCCUCUCCUUUCUCCGUGGACCCUGAUGACGCUCCAGACCACCUGCAACUGGAGCUCAUUGAGCUGCAGUGUGACGCCGAGCAUCGCAGUCGGCACCAACAGCUCCCUCUUGUCAACUUCUACCGCCAGCUGGAUGAAGGCAGGUUCCAAGCAAUUCGGACAUUUGCUAAGAAAAUGCUGAGCUUGUUUGGCUCCACAUACAUGUGCAAUAAGACAUUCUCCGUUAUGAACAUUAAUAAGAGCCGCAUGAGGACGAGACUGAGUGACUCUCACCUGCGUGACGUCUUGCGCAUCAAAACCACUGCUCUUGAGCCAGACAUGGACUACAUACUGCAGUCAAAAUCCCAGUAUCACCCUUCACAUUAGUGCAGGCAAGACCUUUGUUAAGUCCUCUGAGUUGAAUAAAUUCUUAAAUCUCAGUUAAUUAAUUUUUUUGUGAUGGUCAAAAUCACAGUUUGAAUAUGCAGUGAUCAUUGUUUUGUUUUCAGCACUUUUCCUACAGUGAGCAUAUAAUAGUGAAUAAUAUGUAAUGUUUCACAUGAACUUAGAUAUCCUUUAUAGUUUUCUUAAUUUUUUGUGGUUUGUGAUUUCGGUAAAAACCUAAAUGUAAAAAAAAAUGUAAAAGUAAAAGUAUGCCAUUUGUAAUUAAAUUUAAAAAAAUCCCAAAAAGUUAAUUUGUAUUUAAUGUUAAUGGUUCAAAGAAUGUCAGGCUAAAUACUCGGCCCCCACACAUUUUCACCUUACCAAAUCUGGCCCUCUUUGCAAAAAGUUUGGACACCCCUGCUCUAAGGUAAAGCUUAAAAAAAGGAAAAAAAUGUAGAUGAUGAAAGUCAUGAAGGAACUAAUUUUUCAUAGAUGAGAUACGGCUGAGACUAACAAUUUCAGGGUGCCUGAAGAUAGCUGGGUUAGCUUCAGCACUCCCGCGACCCUUGUGAGGAUAAGCGGCUCAGAUGAUGGAUGGAUGGAUGGAUAUGCCCGAGAGUAUUAUGUUACCUGUCUGUAUAUUACCAUAACGUAUUUGUGUGAAUAUUCGUCAUUUAAUGUAAUCCCUCUUGUGAUCCAAUGCUAAUUUUAACUAGUCCGUUAGUAGGGUUUUCCAUUGUGUUAUCAUUAAUUUGGCGAUCUCUAAAAUGUUCUAUAUUUAAAUAUAUAAUGUGUGUAAUUUUUGUUGUACAGUUUUACAGUAAACUCCAACUGGGCCGUGUCAUUAAACAUCUUAAAGUACACCCAGUUUACCAUUGUGUUGUCAUUAAUCUGGCGAUCUCUAAAAUGUUAAAUAUUUAAAUAUAUAAUGUGUAGUUUUUGUUAUGCAGUUUUACAGUAAACUCCAACUGGGGCGUGUCAUUAAACAGCUUAAAGUACACCCAUCAAGGGCAGAAGAACGUACUGUUGAUAAAUAAUUUUCCACUUUCAAUCUUUGAAUCCUGGGAUGCCCUCUACACCUUUUGCUGUGGCUAGAAAUUCUGUCCCUAAAGGUUAAGUGAUACAGGGCAGCCUUGGAGGAAUACAGCCCUCAAUUUGACUUCCUGAAGGAUCUUCCUCUCCAGCAACCCUGAUUAGGACUUACCAGGGAGGGAGUGUGAUCCCCCUUUAGUUGGAACAAACCCUCUUGCCCACUCUAGACUGCAGUCCAGAAGCACUGUCCCUGAUGUCCACGCGAUCUUCCAGAGAUGUAUUGACCAUGACGGCCCACCAACAUCCAGAGACUUUAGGAAUGCUGAGUGAAUGUCACCCCCUGGAUUUGACCUUCAUGCCACCCCAAUGAAGGCAACCCCAGAGAUAGGAAAGCCUACCUCAGAGACCCCAGACUCUGCCUGCUCACGGGAAUACGAAGAAAUCUUUGAAAUAUUCUCUCCACCAUUCUGAGUCGAGGUCAGAAGUUCCCCAUCGUUAUGAUACACUGUGUCAGUGGUGCACUGGAUCCCCCUCCUGAGAUGCUGAAUCGUGGACCAGAAUUUCUUCAAAACAGUCCUUCUCCAUGGCUUCACUGAACUCCUCCCACAUUUGAUUGGACUCCUUCAUUUUAACGGCAUUCCUCACCGGUGGGGUCCACCUUCAGGUUCAGGGGUUGCCGCCAUGACAAACACCAGCGACCUUGCGACCACAGCUCCAGUUGGCCACCUCGGCAAUGGAUACACAGCACAUGGUCCUUUCAGUCAAUAUCCCCCACCUCCCCUGCUUGAGAUGGGAGUUGAAACUUCUUCUGACGAGAAAUUCUGCCAGAUGUUCCUGGCAGACCCUCACCAUAUGUUUGUGCCUCUCAGGUCAGAGCAACAUCUUCCCUCACCAUCAGAGUCAACACAUCACCAGGUGGUGAUUGGUUGACAGCCCUGGCCCUCUCUUCACCCAAGGGUCCAAGAUAUGCAGCCACAAGUCAGAUGACAUAACCACAAAAUCAGUCGGACUGCGACCUAGUAUGUCCUAGUGCUCUGUACCUGUUUGGACAGUUUGAACAUGGUGUUCAUUGACAACAAUUUGUGGUGAGCACUGAGGUUCAAUGAUCGAAGACAACUCUUACUAGAGGGUCCAUUCCUCCCAAUCACACCCUUCUAGGUCUUGCCCACGUGAACAUUGAAGUCACCCAGGAGAACGAUGUAGUCACCAGCAGGAGCACUCUCCAGCAUCCCCGCCAAGGCCUCUAAAAAUGGUGGGUACUCUGAACUGCUUUUUUGUGCAUAGGGACAGUCAGCAUCUGUCUCCCACCCAAAGGUGGAGGGAGGGUAUCCUCACACCCACCGGGGUGAAACCCAACCGAUGGUGCUAAGCAAGGGGAGGUAAUAAUACCUACCCUGCCUGGCUGCUCUCACCAUGGCUGACUCCAGUGUGGAAGAGACUCCAACCCUUCUCAAGAGGACUGGUACUAGAGUCCAAGCAGUAUGUGGUGGUGAGCCCAACUAUAUCCAGUCAGAACUUCUCAAUCUCACACACCAAGUCGGGCUCCUUCCCUGCCAGAGAGGUGACAUUCCACAUCUCGGAGUCGGAAAAAGUGAGCUGGGAGCGUUUUAUUAAAGCGCAAAGUUGCGAAAGUAUGACUCGACAUCCCAGUGCCGGCCAUAUUGUCUGUGACGUCAUGUGACGUCUCGUGCAGGCAUCACACUGGGGCAGUCGGCAUUGAUAACACGCUGUGUCAAAUGCAAUGGCAGAUGAACAAGAGGGAUUUUUGGAUUUUUCUGACGCCCCCUCUUAGACUGAAGCUCUUUUUCAGGAUGAGAACAUGUCAGAAGCAAGUGAAGCCACUGGAGCCAUUUUACCAAAUCAUUUCGAGCCAUAUUUAAGACAAUAUGCAGAUCACUUCUAACAACAGACUCCCCGAUAGAUGGACGAGGAUGAUGGGGAACCUGAUGAGAUAUUCUUAAUGACAGGCCUUUAAUUAUUCGAUUUCCUAACCCAUCUACAAGUCUUGUGUAUGUUGCGUACUCAGGAGGACCCAUGCCGGGCGAAGUAAAUACUCUGUGGUGCCCAGACACCGGUGGCGGGAAGAGCUUCUUUCUCCUCACCGUCCCCGACGCGAGCACAUGCAGCCACCCGCCUCCCCGCUCGACCCACCUCCGCGUCGGGGUAACUGGCUGCCCACAUGCAUCGACACAUUGAGAACCCUCGACUUACGUACUUUAUUAUGACACGAGUCUCUUGUUACGUUCUGAGAGAAGGAAUCCGUUGUCGGACGCGGAUAUCUAGAAUGUUCCUAUAAGGACACGGAUGGCUAUUGACUGAGCUUUUUAUUAACAUUCCUGCUUUUGGACAAGUACAUAAGCACACGGAUGCCACACUGCCUUUCAUCACAUUUCUGGAACAUUCGCUGGAAACAUUCGCCUAUUUUGAACAUCGGAUUCGACUAUCGUGACUAUAGAGCUCGUGCAUGUGACGUCACCAUUUUCACGGCGCCACAUUGCCAGUCAAACAGAGCUCCUCAAAGGUCGUCAUUCCGCCCGAAGAACCAUCCGAAUACUCAACUAUUUAUGAGCUCGCUCCCCGCCGCUCGGCGGAGCGAGCUACCCGGCUGAGCGUGCUCAAGGCUCCGACUUCGUAUGGAAGUAUUCCUCGGUCUUCCCAAUCAACCGAUACUGCUAUUUCUUCAUCAGAUGAGGAUAAAUCAGAGAAAUCAGCGCUAGGCAUAAUGGUGUCCCCGUGUAAUUGAGCGUUUGGAACCGGCACGUAACACGUCACAUACGCCCACGUAGGUCGCGUGACUCGCGAAAAUGGCAGCACCCCUGAAAAUUUGUAAUUGGCGAUAAAAAUCUUCUCAAAACAUUAUUAAAUUAGAGAGGAUUUAACAUCCCAUUGUCAAGAUAGAGUACAUAUUACAUGACCUAUUGGAUACAUUGUUAAUGCAAACCACUGGAGAUCCCCUUUAAGUCGUUCAGUCAGCCAGUGGGCAAAGCCACUCACAGAUCAUCACCCUACUGUCCAUGUUUGAUUGUUGAUAUGUUCUUUUUCUGAAAUGAAUUGUAUGAUAAAAAAUUUAUUUUUAAUGCUCUUUUUGGUCAGCAGUGAUAUUGGGCUUGGAACUCUGCCUUGGAUGCCACUUUUGUUCAACCUCUUCCUUAUCGUUUGGUCAAAAUGUGAAUUGAGCCAAAGAAAGCCUGCAGUUCUUUAGAUGUUGUCUUGUCUACCUUUGUGAUCAUCGGGAUGAGUCAUCGCUGUUCUCUUUGGAUAUUUUGUGAGAUCGCCAAUUUCAGUUCACCACUGUUCAAUAAGUAUGUUUCUUUCGGCUUGUCCCUUUCGGGGUCGCCACAGCGUGUCAUCUCAGAUGUCAUUUUUGUUUGGCACAAUUUUUACGCCGGAUGCCCUUCCUGACGCAACCCUUCUCAGGGAGUGGAGGCCGCCCAGUGGGAUACGAACGCACAACCCCUGGUUUACCAAACCAGUGCUCUAACCACUGAGCUACGGGGCCUCACUGUUCAAUGUUUUCUCAAUUUGUGGAUAAUUGCUCUCAACAUGGUUUUCUGGUGUUGUAAGUCUUUGAAAAUGGCAUGGUGACCCAUCUGAAAUUGAUAAGUGUUACUAUUUCUAAUGUGUUUAUGAAUUUCUUUGGAUUGUGGCAUUUUGUUCUAGCUUCUAGUUUUUUUUUUGCCAACGUAAUUUUUUAUGACACAUUCUAUUUAUGUUUAAUUUGAUUGAACGAGUUUGGAGAUAAUCAGGUUUGGAUGUGGUCUGUGAAAAUUGUGAUUUAACAAAGCGGACAUUUACUUUUUCAUACAGGUCCUGGUGACUUUGAUUUUUUUAUUCCCUUCAAAAAUACAAUCACCUCUUGAAAACUGUAUUCUUUAUUUAGAUGGGAUUUCUUUGAAUUUUUUUGCUUGACCUAAAACACACACACCGCUGGAAACUAUGUGAAGAAUAAAAAUUUGAGCAAGGAGCAAAUAUUUUUCACAGCACUUUCACACCAGUUUAAUUUAUCUAUCAACCCAUUUACAUCAGGCUUAUUUUGUUCAGGGUUACAGGUGAGCUCGGUGCCAUCCCAGCUGACUUUAGGUUCGUUGCCAGUUAGUCACAGGACUCACAUACAGGAACGAACAGCCAUUCACUCUUACAUUCUCACCAUCACUUGGUUGGGAACUGAACAGACGUUGCUUGCACUAAAGUCAGGCAAACGUACCAUUACUCAUUCAGUGAAUUCUCUUCAGUUCCUAUUUAUUUAAAUUAUCUUUUGGAAUAUUAAAUCAGGUUUGUGUAAGAACAGCAUGGGGCUGAAGUAAGAAGACGAUUGAACAUGCAGUGACGCUAUAUAUGUAUUUCU